AUGAGGGACAUUCUAAGCAUCGGCGGGGAACCCGUCUUCGACGAUCGCAUCGUGAAGAUCGAGAGUCACACGUACAAUCCGUACGCCAACACCGCUUUCGGAUACAGCGACGAGAUACGAAUACCCAUACAACAGGACCUAUACACGCUGCCGUGCGAGAGUUUUCUCUACGUCGAAGGUAGACUGCAUACGAAGAAUAAUCCGCCGCCCGCGUCGAGCGGCGAAUCGGGUAAGCCUGCUUCAGCCUCUAAGGAGCCGUCCGUGCCCUCGACGCCGGCGUGGCUCGUGAACAAUUGCGUCGCCUUUAUGUUCGAGGAGAUACGUUAUGAGCUCGAUGGCGUGGAGAUCGAUCGUAAUCGCAACGUCGGAAUAACUAGCACGAUCAAAAACUACGCCUCGCUGACGGCCGAACGAGACAAGAUCUUAAAGAACGCCGGAUGGGAUCUCGCGACUGGAUCGACCGGCGUCGCGUCGACGGGCGACUUCAACUUCUGCGAAUUCGAGCCGAGAGUCGAGCUCGCGAAGAUACGGUGGCGCGUGCCGCAAGUGAUGCUGAAUGACGUCAAUAAAUUAUCGCUGUUGCGCACGUUGGACAGCGGCAGAUAUCUGAGCGUGCCCUUUCGCUCGUGGGAUCUCUACGAGUUUCCGCUCCUGCAGAGCACGACCAAACACUCGUGGGCCAUAAAAGCGGUCACGCAACUCGAGAAAUCGCGUUAUGUCAUCUUCGCGUUGCACCGGAAGGAAGAAUGUCCUGUCGCAGGACGCUUCCAGAUUCGACGCGUGCAAUCUGACCAACACUUCGAUAAGAACAAGAUCGCCGUACUGUACGACGCCUACGCGAGAUUUCGACGAACGUAUUACGGAUCCGCGAACGACGAGACGCUUCUGACUAUGAACAAAUUUCUACACUGCGGCCCGCUCGUGGUGAUAGAUUGUUUCCUCCAAAACGAAGCGGUUAAGAGCGCCACUGUGGACGUUCGUCUAGAAUUCGACUGCAAGGACAACGUUCCUUCUAACACCACGGCGUACUGCCUAAUUAUUCACGAUCGCGUGGUGGAGUACAAUCCGCUGACGAACGUCGUGCGUAAGAUCCUGUAA